AUGUAUUGUGGUGAGGAAGACAAAAAAUGGAAAUGUGGAAAAGCCGGGGCUGUCAAUUUGCGAAAAGUGAGUUCCAUCGUGCGCGACAUUGGGGAUCCCUGUCUUUCUCACUCGCCUGUAAAGGUUGUUGUAACUGUAAAGAGAAUGCUUAAGCCAGACAAAUGGAAAGCCAUGUCAGAUAGUGAAGGAAAGGUGUCUGGUUUCCGGAAGGCUCUAAAAUUGAUUGUGUUGGGGGGUGUAGAUCCAUCAAUAAGACCUGAAGUUUGGGAGUUUUUACUAGGUUGUUAUACACUGAGCAGCACUGCUGAGUAUCGGAGAACGUUGAGAGCAGCUAGGAGGGAGCAUUAUAGUAACCUGAUUAAGCAAUGCCAAAGAAUGCAUUCAAGUGUAGGAACUGGUUCAUUGGCAUAUGUUGUUGGAUCCAAAGUAAUGGAUGUGAGGACUUUAUCCAAAGAUGGACGGAAAUUACAAGAUAAUAUAAAAGAAUCAAAUUAUAAUGUUGAAGUAGGAAAAUGUUAUGAUAGGAGCAAUGUCUGUACAGAGGAAGCAAAAGCAAGCCAUUGGGAAAGCUCCAAUAAUGGGGUUGACCUAGUUAAUUUGAGAGUAAGCACUGAUAAUGCAGAGUGUGAUUCUUCUGGGCAAGGAAACUCCAGUUUCCCAAAGUUAGGGAGAGAAGAAGAGCAAUCAGACUGUGUAACUGACAGUAGUUUUGAUUUUCCUCCUUUAUCUGUCACUAAUAUUUUUCAGAAUAGUGGUAAAGAUAAACAGUCAGGCACAGAGCACAGGGAUAAACAUCCUGCGCCAGACCAAUCAAGAUUUGAAGAUGAUAGUAUGCAUAGCUUUCGAAUUGAUUACAAUGAUGAGUUAGUUAUUGAAUCAAAUAGCAAACAACCACUUGCUAGCUUACAUCCUUUGGACACCGAAAUAGGAAUUGCUUCACCUGAUGAGGAAGAACCAGAACUUCUGUCUAAGAAUAAAGUUUAUGAAGCACAGAUGGUAAAUCAACUGAAAAUAUCAGAUGAACCUCUGCCAGCAAUGAUAAGAUCCUCAGUUUCUCAAGCAUGGCCUGUUAGUGAAGAGAGAGUAUCAGAGUGGCUUUGGACCUUGCAUAGGAUAGUUGUUGAUGUUGUUAGGACUGAUAGUCAUCUUGAAUUCUACGAGGACACAAGAAAUUUAGCUAGAAUGUCAGAUAUUCUUGCUGUCUAUGCUUGGGUUGAUCCUGCUACGGGUCCUAUAACACUGACUCUGGAUGUCAAAACUUAUGUUUUCACUGAAUAUUGGAUUUUAGGUAUGAGCGAUUUGCUGUCUCCCUUUGUUGUAAUCUUUGAGGAUAAUGCAGAUGCAUUUUGGUGUUUUGAAAUGCUUUUAAGGAGAAUGAGAGAGAAUUUUCAAAUGGAAGGCCCAACUAGAGUGUUGAAGCAGUUACGAGCAUUAUGGCAUAUUCUUGAAUUGUUAGACAAAGAAAUGUUUGCCCACCUAUCCAAAAUUGGAGCAGAAAGCCUUCAUUUUGCAUUUCGAAUGUUGCUAGUUCUCUUUCGAAGGGAGUUGUCUUUCAAUGAGGCUCUUUCCAUGUGGGAGAUGAUGUGGGCAGCGGAUUUUGAUGAAUCCAUGGCUUAUGACUUAGAACAGAAUUGCCUGGAAGCAUUGGAAUUACAUCUUCGUAGAGACUCAAGCAAUGAUCCCAGAGAGGAAAUUACAGAUAGUGACGAUGGUAGCGUGAAGAGUGGUUCACAGUCAAAUCAUGAUGAAAAUGACAACAGAAAAGCCAGUCCACAGUUGAAUCAUGGAAGAACUUAUAACACUGUAUAUGGCAUCAAAUUGAAGUCAUUCUCAUCCCAUUCCUUUUGUGGUUUGGCAAGGAAUAUCUGGCCAAGAAAUGAUCGAGCCCAAAUGAGGAGAAUUUCCUCAGCAAUGAAAGGAAAUAAUGAGUUGGCCAUAUUCUGUGUUGCAGCAAUUUUAGUUUUAAACCGCCAGAAGAUCAUCCGAGAAACUCACUCCUUUGAUGAUAUAAUAAAGGCAGGUCAGUGA